AUGUCAGAUGACGCACAGGAUCAAGGUGAAAGGAGAACCUUGUGUGGGAACUCACCCAUCCACAAGCUCUGCCUCAACGUCUGUGUGGGGGAGAGUGGAGAUGGAGCGACACGGGCAGCCAAGCUGCUGGAGCAGCUCACAGGCCAGACCCCUGUGUUUUCCAGGGCUAGAUACACCGUCAGAUCCUUUGGCAUAGGGAGACCUGAGAAAAUUGCAAUCUACUGCGCAGUCAGGGGGGCCGAGGCAGAAGAAAUCCUGGAGAAAAUUCUAAAGGUACAAAAGUAUGAAUUAAGAAAAAAUAAUUUCUCAGAUACUAGAAAUUUUGUGAUCCAGGAGCACAUCAUUCUGGGUAUCAAAUUUGACCCAAGCAUUGGUAUCCGUGGCCUGGACCUCUAUGUGGUGCUGGGUGGGCCAGGUUUCAACAUGGCAGACAAGAAGGGCAGGACAGGCUGCACUGGGGCGGAACAACUGAGCAAAGAGGAAGCCAUCCAGCAGAAGUGUGACAGGAUCAUCCUCCCUGGCAAAUAA